GGCGGAGCCGAAGUGCAUAGUCGUCUCAGCUGAAGCCAGAGUCACACUCUGAACUGAGGACUGCACCCCCGCAGCCUGCCCGUCCCUCGGGGGCUGAGCCCUUGUGUGAAUUUUGCCGUGAGAACAGGGUAUCCUUGCUUAGCUGAUCGAGGGCGGCAGUAGCCACGUCGUAAACAAGAGGGCAGGGCAUCUUGCUGCAAGCAAGCGGGAUAGGAUCCAAAAUGCCUGAGGAUGCCCCACCCCCGCCACCGGCCGCGGACGCCGCGGAGCCGAUCCCGCUCGACGAGACGGCGCUCACCGCGCUCGGGACGGUGUCGCCGCGCAAGCAAGCCACAAUCCUGGCCAAGCUCGCCGCGAAGCGAGCCGAAGUCAAGAACCCGUCGGCCUACGCCGUGCGCUCCGUCGAGAACGCGAGGAGAGAGGAGGCCCGCCACGUGCCGACCGGCACCGUAUACUACGUGCCGUUCUACGCCGACCAGGCCCCGAACGAAUACGCGGAACCGCCACCGGGCUUCGAGCCGCACCAAACGACGACGCAGGACGAGUGGCGCGACUGGGACGAGGCCGACGCGCGCGCGUUCGCCGCGCUCGACCCGAAAGCCGCGGCGGCGCUGCAAGCCCUCCCGCCGCCGACGGCGGCGCGCAUUUUGUUGAAUCUUCGGCGCCGCGGCGGCGUGCGUAAUCCCUCAGCCUACGUGAUGAGGGCCAUCAUGAACGACCGCGCGGGCCUGGAUCCGCGGCGCCCGUCGCUCGGCGACAUCGAGGAGGUGCCGCGCCAGCUCGCGGAUCUCGCGGUCGCGGACCUCGCCUCAUGUCUGGAAUGUGACGACGUCGCGACGUGCCAGCGGCGGGGCGCCGUCGACGCUGCGUUGCGCGACGCGCCGGCGCGCGCCGAGGGCUGCUCGCUCGUCUUCGCGACGCCGGGUUCGGCGGCGGUCCACGCGGCGCGCUGCGCCGCGCGCUGGCGCGGGCGUCGCCCGCGGCCGGUCGUCGACGCGCCGCGGCACGUCGAGCCGCCGGCGCCAGCCGCCGGAUCGCUGGUCUGCGCCGGGGCCGACUGCACGGCGGCGGACCAGGUCGCGUGUGCGCGCCGCAGCCGCGUCGCCGCGGCGCUCGCCGCUGUCGGGGCGCAGGCCGGCGCCAAGGACUGCGCGCUCGUCGCCGGGGCAGCCGCCGUGGACCCGGCCGCGCUCGCCGAGGCGCUCGCCGAGUUACCCGCGGGCGACCGCGCAGCGUUAGCCGUCGCGGAUGAUGAAUUAGCACGUGGCGUGGCACUCGUUCAGCAAGUACAGCACUACUUCGCGCCGGCGAACUUCGCCAAGGACACUUACCUGAAGAGCCUGAUGGACCUGGAGGGCUACGUCGACCUCGCGGCGCUCGCCGCGUUCCCGCAAUUAGCUGCAAUGACGGCUGGCGUCGACGAGCUCGCGCGCUUCCUCACAUACUCGCGCCUCACCGAGCUCGACCCCACGCGCACCAAGGUCCGGCCGCGCCCGCGCGCGGCGGCGGCCUGA